GGGUUUACAGAUUAAUCAUUCAACCCCCAUUAUGGAACUUCUAUGCUCUCCAGCUUGGUGUCUUCUCUUACAAAGGGUUGGGGAUGAUGUCAUGCUUUAUCUUUUAAAGUACACAUCAAUAUUUGUGCCAGUUCCUUGUAAGAAACAUUAUCAGGUAUCAGGGCCUCCUAUAAGUGAUUUAUGCCUCAAAUUUUCCAACCAAACAUUGGAGCCUCAGGAUCAACCUACUUCACUUGAUAAAUGUGGAUCCAACAAGAAGAGGGCUUUAGUUGACGGUGCUAACUCAAUGUUAGAAAUACAGAAACUCAGUAGAGAUUGUGUUGGCUCCAAUGUUAGGCGUUGUUCAAGAUCAUUUAGUCGGCUUCAUGGAAACAAGUGUUCUCGAACGAGUUUAUUGGAAGAAGUCACACCAAUUACUGGAACUGGUACCAAUAAUACUGAAGGGGACUCAAAUGAGGAACUUCCAAAAAUCUCAAAUCAGAUAGUGGCAAAGUCUAGAAAGCGUUCAAGGCCGUUUAGUUGGCUGCGUCAUAGAAAGCGAAGGCAUUUAAAUUUUGAAGAUAGCGUAUCUGGGAGGCUCCAGGAUGAUGUGAAUUCUUGCUUAAAUAGUUGUGAAAAGAUGCCUUGUUUUUCAGUAUCACAAGCUCCUAAGCCCUUGGUAGUCGCCAAGGGGGCUUAUAUUAAUCGGAAAUCCAUGUUUUAUGACAUGGAACGUUCUUCAUCAAUGUUUCCAGUAAAACAUAUACUAAAUUCUCUAAAGUCCAAUAUUGCUGGUGCAAAAUUUCUUAUUGGCAAUAUCUUUGGCUUAUCUGAGAUAAAUGCAACUCAGGAAAUGCCAUGCUGCCAGAGUAGUGGCUUCUGUGUCAACAAAUCAGCAUGCAUGUACCACUCACUUGUUAAGUUGUUUAAGAGGGUCGUAUGCAGGACACAGUGUUGCCAACAUCUGAGAUUAUUGGAUAAGCAUUGUGCUGUUCCAGAAUUAAAUGAUACUGGAAAAUCUAGCACCAGCUUUAAGGGGGUUGAAUCAAAGAAAAAUGAUCCUGAGAAAGCUCAUGGUUUUCAUACUGCAUAUUGCAAGGAAACUGAACCUCAGUUUGAAGCAAAUACUUGCUAUUGCUUGAGAAGUCAGGUAGUGUCAUUUGUAUGGGCAAUGAUUAGGAGUAUAGUUCCUACAGAAUUGCUAGGAACUCCUUCUAACUGGAGAAUAUUAAGGAGAAAUAUUGCCUGGUUUAUUCAACUACGAAGAUUUGAGAAGUUCUCAUUAAAGAAAUGCGUGCAUAAAUUAAAAGUAUCAGAGUUCCCAUUUCUAUCAACUCAAAAUUUUUCAUGUUGCUUUAGUAAUCAAAACCAAAAAUAUGCAACAGGGGAGAGUGUUGACAUGCAUAAGGGAUCCAGAAGAUUGGAUGAUGCUGCAUAUGCUUUGAGACAUAAACUUAUGGAAAGCUGGAUCUUUUGGCUCUUUUCAUGUCUAGUAGUACCACUGGUGCAAGCAAACUUCUAUGUCACUGAAACUGAGCAUGGGAAUCAAGAUAUAUAUUAUUAUAGGAAGUCAGUUUGGGAGAAGUUGAUAAAUAACACCGUCACUUGCUUGAAAGAUCAGGGCUAUCGUGACUUGGAUGAUGUGACUGUUAGAAAUAUUAUGAAAAACAGAAAAUUUGGCUUCUCAAAGCUAAGACUUCGUCCCAAAGGAAAUGAUAUGAGGAUGCUGGCAAAUCUAAAAGCCUCAUCAAGAAUGCCAACACAAAAAUCCUCUUUGGAAAAUCAAUCAUGUGGAAUGCAUGGAAAAGGAAAACCUUGUCCAAAGAAAGUUAAAUUUAAUCAAUUCAAGUCUGUAAAUAUUGUUCUUCGUGAUACACACACUGUCUUAAAAGGAAUGUUGGAAGAACCUGAGAAGCUGGGAUCAUCAGUUUUUGAUUACAAUGACGUCUACAGAAAGUUAUGUCCAUUUCUAAUUGGUCUGAAAAAUAGGUUGGCAACCAUGCCUGGUGCAUUUGUUGUUGUUUCUGAUGUACGAAAAGCAUUUGAUUCUAUUGAUCAGGAUAAGCUGCUUACUGUAAUGAAAGAUAUCAUACAGAAAGAUGAAUAUCUUCUUAAAGAGUCCCAUCAAGUAGUCUGCACACACAAAUCUUUGUGGGUUCAUAAGAACCUUGUCUUGAUGGAUCAAAAUAUGAGCACUCCAAAAGUCACGUCCUCUGUUCCUUACCGUUUACUGCAUACUGUCUUUGUUAACCAGGAGUGGAGCAGGCAUGUGAAAAAAGAAGAGUUCUUUUUCAUUUUAAAGGAACAUGUUAAGUACAAUGUACUGCAAUUCGAUAAAAAGUAUUUUUUGCAAGGUGUAGGUAUUCCUCAAGGAAGUGCUUUGUCACCUCUGCUUUGCUCAUUAUACUAUGGACAUCUGGAAAGGAAUUUGAUCAUUCCAUUUCUUGAAAAAACUAGUAAAGGUGCCAGUAAAGAUAUAUCUAGAAGACAUAUUUCUAUGGAUGCUUCUGCAGAGGAAAGUAGUGGGGAUAGAUAUAUACUUCUUAGAUUUACUGAUGACUAUCUUUUCAUUUCAACCUCAAAGAAGCAGGCUGCUAGCUACUUUUCCAGGCUGCAAAGAGGAUUUUGUGAGUACAACUGCUACAUGAAUGAUGGCAAAUUUUCUCAUAAUUUUGAUAUUGGACAGUUAUCAGGGAUUCCAUCAAGCAGGGCAUAUGUGGGUGAAGAUGGCAUUUCAUUUCUUCGAUGGUGUGGAUUGCUUCUCAACUGUUGCACUUUAGAAGUUCAGGCAGACUACACUAAGUAUCUGAAUAAUCAUUUAAGUUCGACUCUUACUGUCAGCUGGCAAAGUAAACCAGGCCGCCAUCUGAGGGCAAAGCUGUGUAGCUUUAUGAGACCUAAAUGCCACCCUAUAUUCUUUGAUUCAAAUAUUAAUUCUGCAGCUGUUAUCAGAUUAAAUAUAUAUCAGGCUUUCUUGGUAUGUGCAAUGAAGUUUCAUUGCUAUGUUUGUGACUUAUCGUACAUAUGCAAACUUCAUGCGGGAUUCUAUUUAUACAUUAUUGAAAGAUCUCUGAGGUAUAUGUACAAGCUCAUAAAGAAACGGAUGCAUUCUGCAUGCCAUUAUUCUGAUGUCCGGCCAAUACUUCAGUUGGAGGAAGAAGAAGUUGAAUGGCUUGGAUUUUAUGCAUAUAUACAAGUAUUGAAGAGAAAAGAAUCACGGCAUAAACAGUUGAUAUCUUCAUUAAGGAAUAAGUUAGAACAUACAAUACCUACAAGUGUGCCACUGCCACCUCAACUAAAGUAUGCAGUUGAUGCCUCACAUUCUUCUUUAAUAUGGAAUAUUAAGUAUUAAAUUCUUGAAGCAUCAGCAAAUAUGUUUCUGCUACUCUCUGCUUUUGAAUUUCAAAGAGACAGUUGUAGUUUUGAUCAAGGUGGGGGGAGUUACAGAGUGCAGAUGCUCUUGCAAGAAAAUAGACAUCUACAACAAGAUUGUGUUUUGAUAGGCCCCUACUGAUGUCUUUAUGUCUUCUAUGAUUCCUUGGGUCUGUAUUACAAUUAUGACAGGCUCUGUCCUGAACUCUAUUUUGUUUAUUUAAAAUUUUAAUUAAAUGCAUAGUUUAUUACCAAAAAAGAUCUUGAAACAUCAAUGUUAUAAAACGAUAUAUUUUUACCUUUAAAAUUCAAGAUAGAAGAGCCUUGCUUGGAUCUCCUUA